AUGAUUGCUGUGUUAGAACCUUUCUCUGACAACAAUAAUAUCAACAUGUUUAAAAGUAUGCUCGCCAUGGAUCAUGCUGUUAGCAAUAUCAAUGGAAAAAUUUGGCUCUUUUGGAAUUCUGAUAUUUCUUGUUCUGUAUUAGAAGCUGAUGAUCAGCAGGUUACCUGUGAAAUCAGCCACACUGAAAUUCAAGGUAAUUAUAUCAAGACCUUUGUGUAUGCCAAAUGCAAGGAUUAUCUCAGGAAACCACUUUGGGACAGAUUACUUCACAUUGCGGAUACUAGAGAUACCACCCCUUGGUGUACAGUUGGUGAUUUUAAUGUCAUAACAGACAUUGAUGAAAAACUAGGUGUUAUUCCUUACAAUAUGAGAAAAAGUCUUGAGUUCAUUGGAGUUAUAGAAGCUUGUGGACUCAUGGAUUUGGGCUUCAAUGGACCUAAGUUUACUUGGUCCAAUCAGAGGGGUAUCAACUUCAGAAUUUGGAAGAGAUUGGACAGGGCAAUGGUUAAUGAUAAUUGGCUACAAAACAUGCCUCAUACUUGUAUCACCCACCUCCCUUCUGUGGGGUCUGACCAUUGUCCAUUACUUAUGGAAAUGAAUGCCAGGCCAGACAGUUGCAUCAAAUAUUUCAGAUUCCUGAACUGUUGGGUUGAACAACCCUCGUUUGAGGAGACAGUCGUUGACUGCUGGAACAGACCUGUCGAAGGAAAUGCUAUGUGGACUUUCCACCAGAAAAUGAAGAGAUUGGCGACCACUCUUAGUGCUUGGUCCAAAAUGAAAUUUGGAGACAUUUAUGCUAAGAUUAAGGAGUUUGAAGAACGAGUCAAGAUAGCAGAAGACAACCUCCUUCAGAACAACACUGAGGAAAAUAGAGAAGACCUUCAUAGUAUUAAUGCUGAUUAUAUUAAAUACAUGAAGCUUGAAGACUCUAUCCUUAAACAAAAAUCUCAACUACAUUGGUUCAAAGAAGGUGAUGGCAAUUCCAAAUACUUCCAUGCUUUGAUCAGAGGAAGAAGAAGAAGAUUAUUUGUCCACAAAAUCCUCAAUGAGAAUGAUGAAUGGAUUCAAGGAGAUGAUCAGAUUGCUCAGACUGCUUGUGACUACUUUCAUCACAUUUUCACAGGUGAGGAAAAAUUGAUUGAUGAAAUUCCUAUGCAAUGCAUUCCAAGAAUGGUCAGCCAAGAACAUAACGACAGCUUGAAAAGAAUCCCUUCCAUGGAGGAACUCAAGGAAGUGGUUUAUUCCAUGAGCCCCAACUCAGCUGCUGGACCAGAUGGUAUGAAUGGGUACUUCUUUCAGAAGUGUUGGCAUAUUAUCAAGAAUGAUUUGAUGGCUGUGAUUCUGGCAUUUUUCAGUGGCCAGAUGAUUCCCAAAUACUUUUCACAUUCUUGUCUUAUUCUCCUUCCCAAGGUUAAGAACCCUAACAGACUCAAUGAAUUUCGACCCAUUAGUUUGAGUAACUUCAUCACCAAGAUUAUUUCCAAGCUCUUAUGCCUCAGAUUAACUCCUAUAUUACCUAGUUUGAUCUCUCCUAAUCAAUCAGGUUUUGUAAAGGGUAGAAGCAUAUCUGAGAACAUUAUGUUAGCUCAAGAAAUUAUUCAUCAAAUUAAGAAACCUACUAUUGGUAGCAAUGUUGUGAUCAAGCUUGAUAUGGCAAAAGCCUAUGACAGGGUUUCAUGGUCAUACACUUGUUUGAUUUUGAGGAAAAUGGGUUUUGAAGAAGUUUUCAUUGACAUGAUAUGGAGAGUUAUGGCCAACAAUUGGUAUUCUAUCAUUCUUAAUGGUAGAAGAUAUGGUUUCUUCCAUUCUACUCGAGGCCUUAAACAAGGUGAUCCAUUAUCCCCAGCCCUAUUUAUUUUAGGUGCUGAGGUGUUAUCUAGAUCUCUAAAUAGACUCCACCAUCAUCCCCUAUAUCAUGGAUUCUAUAUGGAAACGAGAGGACCUCAGAUUAAUCAUUUAAGUUUUGCGGAUGACAUUAUAAUUUUCACUUCAGGGAGGAAGGAUUCUCUCAAGCUCAUCAUGCAGACUCUAGAUGCAUAUGAAAGAAUCUCGGGUCAACUCAUCAACAAAUCCAAGAGUCACUUUCUACUCCAUCCUAAUGCCUUCAGAACUACCUGUGAUAGAAUUAAAAGGUACACUGGGUUUCAUCAAAAAGAAGCUCCUACUAUAUAUCUUGGCUGUCCAAUCUUUAUUGGAAGGCCCAGGCUUAUUUACUUUUCUGACCUCAUCAACAAGAUUGUGAAUAAAAUUACUGGAUGGCAAUCUAAACUGCUAAGUUAUGGAGGCAAAGCCACCUUGAUUAAGCAUGUUCUACAAUCCAUGCCAAUUCAUAUUCUCUCGGCCAUUUCCCCCCCAUCUACUAUACUUAAACAAAUUCAAAGUAUCUUGGCUGAUUUCUUUUGGGGAUGGUGGGAAGACAAGAAAAAAUAUCAUUGGUCGUCUUGGAAAAAUCUCAGCUUUCCGUACGAUGAAGGGGGAAUUGGAGUUAGGCAAAUGAAAGAUGUUUGUCAAGCUUUUCAAUUCAAACAUUGGUGGGUCUUUAGAACCAAGCAAACUCUAUGGGGAGAUUUUCUAAGAGCAAAAUAUUGCCAAAGAUCAAAUCCCAUAAGCAAAAAAUGGGAUACGGGAGACUCUCAAGCCUGGAAGCUGCUUAUGAGGAACAAACAUACAGUGGAAAAUCAUAUUCAUUGGAAAAUUAGAAAUGGUUCUUGCUCAUUUUGGUGGGACAACUGGUUAGGAGUAGGUCCUUUGGCACAAUUCACUACUAUUAGCCAUAGAUUCGACAAUGAAACCAUAGCUGAUUUUAUGGCAAAUGGACAGUGGAAUGUAGACAAACUGAUUCAACUUGCUCCUCAAAACCAGCUGCAUACAAUUCUCUCAACUCAGAUACAGCUACAGCAUUCCAGUUCGGACCAGGCAGUCUGGAAACUCAAUUCGACUGGCCUCUUCACUGUCUCUUCUGCAUGGGAUAUUAUUCGAGAAAAAAGAACUAAAACCAAGAUUAACUCCUACACUUGGAGUCGUUACAUUCCCUUCAAAUGUUCCUUCUUGUUGUGGAGAACUAUUAGGGGUAAACUUCCCACCAACGAGAGGCUGGCCAGCUUUGGCAUUGAACCAAGGGAUUGCUAUUGUUGUCAUUCUCCAGGAUCUGAUACAAUUGAACAUAUCUUUAACACAGGGCAUUUGGCAAAAAUAGUGUGGAAGUUUUUUGCUAUUUCCCUGAGCAUACCUACUGAUUUCCUGCCUUUGAGAAGCAUGAUCAUGAGGUGGUGGGGUAUUCCGUAUCACAAUGAAGCCCACAGAAUUACUCUUCAAGCUACUCCAAUCUUUAUUUGUUGGAGUUUGUGGAAAAAUAGAUGUGCAAAGAAAUAUGGAGGUAAGCAAUCAAGCAUAGCAAGGGUCAAACACCUUGUAAUUCUGGACACUUUCAAGCUGCUGCACAGUAUAUUUCCCUACAUUUCUUGGCCUCUGAAUUGGAGCAGCCUGUGCAAGCUUCUGGAGAAGUGCAUCCACGACAGCAAAGUUACAGCAGUCCGUUGGAUUAAACCUCCUGAAAAAUGGGUUAAAUUGAACACCGAUGGGAGUGCAGUGAAUAACCCAGGCAACAUAGGAGCUGGUGGUAUUCUCAGGAAUCACAAGGGAGAACUCCUCUUUGCAUUCUCAGUCCCGUUAGGUGAAGGAACCAACAACCAAGCUGAGGUCGAGGCUGCAAUAUUUGGCCUAACAUGGUGUGUUCAAUUAAAUUAUAACAAGGUAAUUCUAGAGGUUGAUUCCCAACUGCUUGUGGACUGGUUUUUAAAUAAUAAAACAGUUCCUUGGCUCAUUUCCUCCCAAAUGCAAAGACUACAGCAACUAUCCCCCAAUUUCCUUCAUCUUAAAUGUAUCCAUACACUUCGAGAGACCAACUUUGUUGCAGACGUACUCUCCAAGAACAGUCAUAAGCUGACCAGCCCUCAAGUUUAUUUCAAUACGCAGCAACUCCCCAAACUCGCAACAGCAUAUCUUCAACAAGACAUUACAGGUAUGACUAGUUUCAGAAGAAGGAAAUUGAAGAGAAUUAAGGAACCACCUUAA